AUGGAAAUUUUUUGGAAGACGCUGACUUGGAUAUUUAGCCUGGUCUUGGCCGCUGCUGAAGCUCAGAUCCUUUCAUACAACUCUCAAGCGGAAUUCCUGUCCACGCUGGAGCACUAUCAGCUAACAGUACCAGUGCGGGUAAAUGAGAGGGGCCAGUUCAUGAGUUACACUGUGAAGCAUUACAGGCCUGGUCGGCGGCGACGUGGACUGGACCAGGCUGAGCUGGACCACACUGAGACCAGGCUUUUUUACAAACUCUCAGCCUACGGCAAGCACUUUCACCUGAACCUGACACUCAACCCCAUCCUGGUUUCUAAACAUUUCACGGUAGAGUACUGGGGCAAAGACGGACUAGACUGGCAGCAUUCAGUGGUCGAUAACUGCCACUAUGUUGGAUACCUACUGGAUCAAUAUAGCACUACAAAAGUGGCAUUGAGCAACUGCAAAGGCUUGCAUGGUGUCAUAACCACAGAGGACGAGCAAUAUUUAAUAGAGCCAUUAAAAAAUAUAUCCAGAAAUUUCAGUGAUGUCAACCACGAAGGACAACCACAUGUUAUUUAUAAAAAGACUUCCAUUCCUUCUCUGCAAGAGCCAAGCGAGGAGUUCAGCUGUGGUGUUUCAGACCUCACAAUAAACCGGACACCCAGCUACGAUACCAAUCCUGAAGCAAACCCACCUUACCCGGCCACGGACGGCGACAGCUCGAUGGGUGGCCACCGCCAGCGACGUUCUGUCAGCUCUGAACGCUUUGUGGAGACCCUAGUGGUGGCAGACAAAAUGAUGGUUGGCUACCAUGGUCGCAAAGACAUCGAGCACUACAUCCUGUCCGUAAUGAAUAUUGUUGCCAAACUUUACCGUGAUGCCAGUCUUGGAAACGUUGUGAACAUUAUUGUAACCCGACUGAUUGUUCUGACAGAAGAUCAGCCCAACUUGGAGAUAAACCACCAUGCAGACAAAUCUCUAGACAGCUUCUGUAAAUGGCAGAAAUCCAUUCUUUCCCAUCAGGGAGAUGGAAACAGUAUCCCAGAGAACGGGAUCGCCCAUCACGACAAUGCUGUUCUCAUUACCAGGUAUGACAUCUGCACCUAUAAGAACAAACCCUGCGGUACUCUCGGUUUGGCGUCCGUAGCCGGAAUGUGUGAGCCAGAGAGGAGCUGCAGUAUUAAUGAAGAUAUAGGCCUUGGUUCAGCCUUCACUAUUGCACAUGAGAUUGGACACAAUUUCGGCAUGAACCACGAUGGGAUCGGGAACUCCUGCGGGACCAAAGGUCACGAGACAGCCAAGCUGAUGGCGGCCCAUAUCACAGCCAACACCAACCCCUUCUCCUGGUCAGCCUGCAGCAAGGACUAUAUCACCAGCUUUUUGGACUCAGGUCGAGGAACAUGUCUGGACAAUGAGCCUCUUAAACGAGACUUCCUGUACCCCACUGUGGCUCCAGGGCAGGUGUACGAUGCAGAUGAGCAGUGUCGUUUCCAGUACGGUGCCUCCUCCUGUCAGUGCAAAUAUGGGGAAGUGUGUAGAGAGCUCUGGUGCCUUAGCAAAAGUAACCGCUGUGUCACCAACAGUAUCCCCGCAGCAGAAGGAACCCUGUGCCAGACCAGCACCAUUGAAAAGGGGUGGUGCUAUCAGGGUGAAUGUGUGGCGUUUGGGACGUGGCCGCAGAGCGUGGAUGGAAGCUGGGGACCUUGGACCACAUGGGGCGAGUGCAGUCGUACCUGCGGCGGCGGCGUCUCCUCUUCCAUGCGACACUGUGACAGCCCAGCGCCGACAGGCGGAGGGAAGUACUGCCUCGGAGAGAGGAAGCGCUACAGAUCGUGUAACACUGACGCUUGUCCAGCAGGAUCACGUGACUUUAGGAAGAAGCAGUGCGCCGAUUUUGACAACAUGCCUUUCCGUGGGAAGUACUACAACUGGAAGCCGUACACUGGAGGUGGAGUGAAACCGUGUGCGUUGAACUGUCUGGCUGAGGGCUACAACUUCUACACCGAACGCUUGCCCGCUGUCAUCGACGGCACGCGCUGCCAGGCCGACUCGCUGGACAUAUGCAUCAAUGGAGAGUGCAAGCAUGUUGGCUGUGAUAACAUCCUGGGCUCGGAUGCCAAGGAGGACAGAUGCCGUGUGUGUGGAGGGGACGGCAGUACGUGUGAGGUCACCGAAGGACUGUUCAAUGAUUCGCUGCCCAGAGGAGGUUAUAUGGAGGUUGUCCAGAUACCAAAAGGAUCGGUUCAUAUUGAAAUCAGGGAAGAGGCCGUGUCAAAAAACUACAUCGCUUUGAAAUCGGAGGGGGAUGACUAUUACAUCAACGGAGCCUGGACCAUCGACUGGCCCCGCAAAUUUGACAUCGCAGGAACAGCCUUCCACUACAAGAGGCCGACUGACGAACCCGAGUCGCUUGAAGCUUUAGGGGCCACCAUUGAAAAUUUGGUGGUUAUGGUGCUACUACAGGAACAGAACUUGGGCAUCCACUACAAGUUCAAUGUGCCGAUCCAGCGUACAGGAAGUGGGGACAAUGAAGUGGGCUUCUCCUGGCACCAUCUGCCCUGGUCUGAGUGCUCAGCAACAUGCGCAGGAGGCUCGCAGAAGCAGGAGGUGGUGUGUAAAAGACUGGACGACGGUUCUGUGGUCCAAAACAGCUACUGUGACCCAGAUGGCAAACCGCCAGGGAACCAGCGACCUUGCAACACCGAGCCGUGUCCUCCGGAGUGGUUUAUCGGUGACUGGUCAGAAUGUGGGAAGACCUGUGAUGGAGGCAUCCGAACACGCACUGUUUUGUGUAUCCGUAAAAUCAGACCCGCCGAGGAGGAGACCCUGGAGGACAACCACUGUCUGACCCAUCGGCCAAUAGAACAAGAGUCCUGCAACAAUCAGUCUUGUCCGCCCCAGUGGGUGACACUGGACUGGUCUGAGUGUACCCCAAAGUGUGGCCCUGGCUUCAAGCACCGCAUAGUUCUAUGUAAAAGUAGCGACCUGACCAAAACCUUCCCACCAGCCCUCUGUUCUGACCACAACAAACCCCCAGUCCGUAUUCGCUGCAGCCUUGGUCGCUGUCCGCCGCCACGCUGGAUCCCUGGAGAAUGGGGACAGUGCUCUGCUCAAUGUGGACUAGGGCAGCAGAUGCGGAUGGUUCAGUGUCUGUCAUAUAUGGGACAGCCCUACACCGAAUGUCCAGAGUCACUACGGCCAAACACCAUGCAGCAGUGUGAAAGUAAAUGUGACGCUACACCCAUCUCCGGUGGCGACGAGUGCAAAGACGUAAAUAAGGUGGCAUAUUGCCCAUUGGUGCUGAAGUUCAAGUUCUGCAGCCGUGCGUACUUCAGACAGAUGUGCUGCAAGACGUGCCAAGGACACUGACCCCAUGGAGAGAAGCAGAGACAGAUGCUGCAACGAGGAAAGAGAGAGAAAACUGGCAGAGAGAAAAGUCAAUGCUGGGCACAGAAGAAAGAAGCCUCUCUCUCGCUAAUCAACACACACACAACUGCUUUUAGCCCUGUGGAACCCAAACCACUGCUCAGCACUGCGCUGACACCUGUUUUAUUUUCACUUCUGUGAAGUGGGAAUGUAUAAAAUGAUCAUUAUUGUUGUUAUUUUUAUAAUAAUAAUAAUAAUUGCUAUUGGUUAUUAUUAUUAUCAAUGUCUUUCUGUUGUUAUAAUCCAAAGUGCUGGACACAACACUCACAGAAGUAGCACAGCAGAGGUUUACUUCAAGGCACCCACAUAAGGGAGUUCGGGACAUUGGUAUAACCCUGGGUCUUGCAUACACACUCCUAACAUGGUUCUGUUGGCAACAUUACAUUCUGGAACAUUCAAACCAACAAUGAUUGCUCACACUGGCAGCAUCGGAUCGAUUGGAAGUCAUUUGUUUUGAAUAAGAGUUGGUGAUUUGAGGCAACAUGAGUGUCAGAGACUGUUGAUGGUGUGACAAAGUACCGUAACCAACAACCGGAGUGCAGACACUGUCAUUCAUGUGAUCCGGCAUCCGAUACAGCAGUCUGAUAGGAACAUUUCCAAACAUGGAUAGUACUGAAACUUGGUGACUGCAACAUGCAUUAGGUUUAAGGUAAAAAUAACAAUCCAAAUUUUCCACCCAAAUGAUAUUUUUCACUCCUAAAAUCAAAGUAGUAUAGAUCGGGGGUAACCAAUCCUGCUCCUGGAGAACUGCAGACUUCAGUUCCAACCUGCUCCAACACACCUGCCUGUUAUUUUAACUAAACUCUGUGGGAUGGUAGCCCUCCAUGAGCAGGGUUGGUAUAGGCUGAAUUGACUUGGUUUUUGAUUAAAAGUACAGACCAGGAGUGGCCAAUCCUACUCCUGUAAGGGUCAAUAUCCUACAGAGUUUAGCGCCUACCUGCCCCAACACACAUGUCUGGAAGUUUCUAGUCAUCCUGAAGAUCCUAAUUAGGUGUGUUUAAUUGGCAUAGGAGCUGAAACCUGGCUGCAUUCCACUUCGCUUUUAGUCGAACACUUGCAAACUUCUCUAAGCACUUCCCCUCAGGCGA